GACGGGCAGUUGGCACCGGACGAAGGACCGGAGGACUCGGCAGACGAUUCAUUCGGUACUUUCUUCUCAGAAACGGUGGCUGGUAAACACGUUCCAAGAGCCAUCUUCGUGGACUUGGAACCUACAGUUGUUGACGAAGUUCGCACUGGCACGUACAAGGCCCUGUUCAACCCGGACGGCAUGAUUUCGGGAAAGGAGGACGCCGCCAACAACUACGCCAGGGGGCAUUACACCAUCGGACGGGAGCAGGUGCAGGUGACCAUGGAUCGGAUCCGGAAGCAGGCGGAUCAGUGUUCGGGACUGCAGGGCUUCCUCAUCUUCCACUCCUUCGGAGGAGGGACCGGCUCUGGAUUCACGUCGCUCCUGAUGGAGCACCUGGCCAUCCAGUACGGAAAGAAGAGCAAGCUGGAGUUCGCCGUCUACCGAGCGCCCCAGGUGGCGACCUCCGUCGUGGAACCCUACAACGCCGUUCUGACCACUCACACGACCCUGGAGCUCUCUGACUGCGCCUUCAUGGUUGACAACGAAGCCAUCUACGACAUCUGUCACAGGAAUCUGGCGAUCGAGCGACCCACGUACACGAAUCUCAAUCGUUUAAUCGGUCAAGUGGUGUCUUCGAUCACAACUUCUCUGAGGUUCGACGGGGCGCUGAACGUCGACCUGAACGAGUUCCAGACGAAUCUGGUGCCCUACCCGAGGAUCCACUUCCCGCUGGUGACCUAUGCCCCUGUGAUCUCGGCCGAGAAGGCGGAGCACGAGCGACUCAAGGUGCCCGAGAUCACUUCCACUUGCUUCGAGGCCCACAACCAGAUGGUCAAGUGUGACCCCAGGAGAGGUAAAUACAUGGCGUGUUGUCUCCUGUACCGCGGCGACGUUGUGCCGAAAGAUGUCAACUCUGCAGUGGCUAUGAUCAAAGCCAAAAGGACCGUCCAGUUCGUGGAGUGGUGUCCUACAGGAUUCAAGGUUGGCAUCAACUACCAACCUCCUACUGUUGUCCCCGGAGGAGACCUGGCAAAGGUGGAACGUGCCCUGUGCAUGCUGUCAAACACCACAGCCAUCGGUGAAGCUUGGGCCAGGUUAGAUCACAAAUUUGAUCUGAUGUUCGCCAAGAGAGCUUUCGUCCAUUGGUUCGUGGGAGAAGGAAUGGAAGAAGGGGAAUUCACGGAGGCGAGGGAGAACAUCGCGGCCCUGGAGAAGGAUUACGAGGAGGUGGCUAACGAUUUCGACGACGCCGAAUUGGAUGACGACGAUGAAUACUAAGCUUUAGGAAUUUACGAAACACCGGGCGUUAGUUUUGAAUGCGUAGUGUCUACAGUAUUCCCCCUCUAACAAUAAAAAGUCUCCGUUAUUCGAACACUUAACUGCAUUGGAAUGAUAGGGUCAAAAUCUAUUGGAGGUUCCUCGAAAAGCCUCUCAGAUCGAGCUAGGCUAACUAAGUCUUUGCGUGGGUCGUGUUUUGACCCAGGACCCACUAAGACUUAGAGAGGGUCGUGUUUUGACCCAGGACCCACUAAGACUUAGAGAGGGUCGUGUUUGACUCAGGCCCCACUAAGACUUAGAGAGGGCCGUGUUUUGACCCAAGACCCACUAAGACUUAGAGAGGGUCGUGUUUUGACCCAGGACCCACUAAGACUUAGAGAGGGUCGUGUUUUGACCCAGGCCCCACUAAGACUUAGAGAGGGUCGUGUUUUGACCCAGGACCCACUAAGACUUAGAGAGGAUCGUGUUUUGACCCAGGAUCAAGUCCAUGUCAUACCCAGGCCAACUAAGUCUUUGAGUGGGUCGUGUUUUGACCCAGGACCCACUAAGACUUUGAGAGGGUCGUGUUUUGACCCAGGACCCACUAAAUCUUUGAGAGGGUCGUGACUUUACCCAGAAACCACUAAAUCUUAUAGGGUAGUUGCUUGGCCGUGAGUUACCGAGGAUAGAUUACGGUCUACCAGAAGAGAAGCCAGUCCUUAAUUUAUUGGUUAUGUGCAGACUGCAGGAUCAAGUUCUUCAGACAAUAAAACGAAUCGACACUUUAGCAUACAAUUCAGUGAUCGCAGAGUAGAAAUAUGUGAAUAAAAAUAGAU